CAAUUCGUUGCUCUGCGCUUCAUCUUCAUUUUCCCAUUUCCAAUACCAUUGUUUCUGUUGCUCAUUUGGUUUCCGGAUGACAGAUCCAUUGGAGAGAUACCAAAAUCUUGCCCUAGCAGACUCUCUGGCGAAGAGUUACAGCUACCCAUUAGCUUGUAAGGAGCUAAGCUUCAUUACCAGAGGCGCUUUCAAUAAACUUCCCAAGAAUCUCCAAUCCCUCAUCUUCCAACAUAUUAUCACCGCCUUUCAUCUUCUUCCGGAGUGUGGUUGAUUUAACAAAAGAAUGCAGACGAGCUCUGCUGUUUCGGCUGCACAUCUUCUUGCUCAGGGUGUUGAAGCUUCUUUGCCUAAGCAAAAGAGAAAUUCAGCAAUUGUAGAAUUUAAGAAAGCAAUGGUUGCUCAUAAGAGACGUAGUAAAGCACGUCAGGAAGUAAAAGGUUCGUCUCAACUCCCUCAAGACGUUCUCGUCCACAUCUUCCGCUUUCUAGAUAUUGAAUCUUUAGUUUCCGCUGGGCUAGUCUGUCGGUCAUGGAAUGCAGCAGCAGAUGAUGAAUAUCUGUGGAGGUUUCAGUAUACAACAUUUUUUGGUUGUUCUAAUGAACCCAUUAAUGAUAAAGACAGUGUGGAUGGCUUAGCUAGCACACCUCACGUUGAUUGGAAAGAGGCGUUCAAGAGAGCAUAUGUAGAUAAUUCUUUGUGGAGAAACAGACAUGGAAGGGGAUACUGCAAACACUGUGACACAAUAGUUUCCUUUAGUACCUUGAGAUGUCCCAAUGAUCAUGGUAGAAAUAAAAACAAACAAAUCAAGCCUCUGUCAAUCAACCAGGUUGUUGAAUAUGUGUUAACUGGAACUUCAGAAUUGAUUUAUUCUUCGGAUAGCGACACUGAUUCAGAUGAAGUUGUGAUUUCUGAGUUUUGGGCUCUUCCAAAGUAUUUGGGCAGAAGACGCCCCAACUGAGUGGUGCCAACAGGCACUAAAGGAGCAAGAGCAGAUUGAAAGUGUCACGUUCAAACCUGUAAAGUUGGAGGUUUGAACUUUUUUUUUUUUUAAUUUUUUUUUAGAAUAUAAUAUCUUAACCAGUUGAACAUGCUUAAUGCUUAAGUUGGCGAGAGAUUUGAUGUUCUAAUAGACAGUAAAGAAGUUGACUCGUCUAGCCUUUUUAGUUCGAUGAUAUUACUGAAGGGAAAAUUCGUAUAGAUUACAAAAGAACUCCAAUUGGUGUAGAUGGCAGCUUAGAUUGUAAAUAUAAUAGCAAUAGCAGAUAAGCCUUUUUUUUUUU